GAAGGGCUAUAUUGUUUCUUUCUUAAUCUUUCCUAAAAUAUCCAGCCCCAUAACAAAUUCCAAUGAGUAAUUCAAGAAGAUUCGGGUUUGCAGAUUUGUAAUCGAUCUGUUGCUCUUGGAGAUUUGUAAUCGUUUUAUUAGCACCUUCCGAACGACACCGUUUUGUCCUUCUAAAUGUUCUCAUCUUCCAACCCUCCUAUGGCCAUUUCCCUCCUAAAAUCGAGACGCGCCGUUCCAUAUACUGGCAAUCUGGCCCUUUGGGUGAGGCGAGUGAGCAGCCAACUCCUUGGUGGCGACUGGCGAGUGAGAAAUUGAGAGACAGAGAUGGACUACAGCCUAGCAGCGCUGAAGCUGCUGUGCGCUCAGCUGAAGGACGCGACGGAAACGGCGUCGCAGAACUCCAUGACUCUCGGCGGCAUCCUCUUCCAACGCGCCUGGUUACAGGGCGUUCUGGUCUCGGCCCCCGACGAAAACGACGACGUUGAAGCGCCGUUGCUUCUCGACGACGGCACCGGCAUUGUCAAGCUCUCCCUCUCCUCCGCCGACUUCCGUCUGCGCCCUUGGAAGACCGGGAUGUAUGUGAUGGUUGUUGGAGGAUACAAUGCGCGCGCGGUUGAACCCCCAGAAAUCAAGGUUCACAAGAUUGUAGAUCUUUCGGCGAUCCCGGAUCGAGAGGCAAUGUGGUAUCUUGAAGUUAUGGAGGCAUACAAACUGUUCUACGGCCCCCUAAUUGAAGAACUCGUGUGAUUCUGUCAGACCAUCUCUCAGAGAGAGAGCAAGACUUUGGCCGCACAGAAAUCCCUCAACAUUUUGUUUUUCUUUUUUGUAAUUUUUUUUAAACCAGGACGCUUGUUUUCUUAUUAUUAUAAUUUGUGUAACAUCUAAUCUGAGAUGGAAUGA